AAAAAAUGAUGUAUUCAUUUGCAUGACAAACCCGAUUUUAUCAAUGUUGUUUCGAAGAAUUCAAUCGAAAAAACAAUUGUCAUAUAAAAGAAUAUCUGAUUCAUUACUUUUCUCAAAAAUAGAUAAGGACCUACCAUUUUAAAGAAGGCAACUAUUUCAUCUCUUAUUUACGUGUUUAACAUCGUCAAAAGUGUAGAAUUUGAUUUAAAAAAAAAAACAUUUUAUUAUUCCAUGAUGAAAAAAUCAACAAUAAAAACCUUUAUGAAUUUUGUUCUUGUUAAAAACUCUCGAAGUUUGUUGUUGAACGAAUAGUUUGGUAGAAAAAUCUUUGAUAGAGUAAUGAUUUAUGCAUUCAUGAUUUUAUUGAUCUAGAUAAAUCUCAAACUGAUAGAAAUCUAUCAGAUUCAGUUCGAUCACACAAUACUCAAUCCAGUUCAAAGUCAAAACGAUCUGUUAUACAACAUCUUUAUUCAGAAAGUUCAGCUGAAACAUUAGAACAAUUUCUUCGUAUUGAUAGUCUGAAAGUUGAUCAACCUAGUGAAGAUUUUAAAAAUAUAAUUAAAAUACUUGCUACGGAAUCCAACUGCAGAUCGGAAAAUAAAACAAGUUAUAAAUUUGAUGAUGUGUUAAAAAUCUUUAAUUCAAGUAUAACAUUUACAGGAGAUCAAAGGCGCGAUGAUUUCGAACAUUUAUUUCGUGGUAAUCGACCUGAUUUUACAUGGGUAAUUGAAGAUAAUUUUUAUCCAUGGAAAGUUGUUUCAAUAAUUGAAAAGAAGAAGAAUAUUACCAUCACACCAGCUGAUAUAUCUCAAAUGUUGGAAUAUUUAAGAUUAAUUGUUCGAGUUUCUCCUAAACGACAAUAUGCAGUUGGAUGUUUAACGAAUUAUAAACGAAUAAUUUUUGGUAAAGCAUCAAUAAUUAAUGAUAAAUUUACGUACGAAAGAUUUCGUUCCAUAAAUCUAGUUGAAGACUUUUGGAAGUUUCUUCGUUGCAAUUCAAUUGAUUUAGGACACGUGAAAUUUUCUGUUCCAGAUUUUUUCAAAAUUGAAUCAUUAUUAGGUGGUGGUACAAAUAGUAUGGUUUAUCAAAUUGCAUAUAAUAAUAAUAAAUAUGCGAUGAAAAUUUCAAAUAAAAUGUCAAAGAAAGAAUUUGAUAUAGCUCAAGAAAUGGAAGCUUAUAUUAAAGAAUAUAAGCUAAGUGUUGAAAUUAUUAAGAUGGAUAUUAAAGAAGAUUUUGUUUUGUCACAACCAGUUGGAAAAAUGAUAAAAAAUGAUGAUAUAUGUAAAAAAGAGUAUAUUAUUCAAAUUUUAAAUCAAUUGGUCAUUGGUCAAAAAGUUAGACGAGUUCAUCGAGAUAUUCGAAUUAAUAAUAUAAUAUUGUAUGAUAAUUCGUAUGCUUAUUUAAUUGAUUGGGAUUCAUCAACAUCCAAUGGUUUUAAAGGUGAAUAUGAAGGUGCAUUUAUAACCGCAUCAACACCUGUACUCCGCCAAUAUUCAUCAUCAAAGGGUAAAGAAGUUUCAGCUUAUUAUGCUGAUGAUUGGAUGUCGAUUAUAUAUAUGAUAUUAUUAUCUCGUUGUCGAAAAGAAGAUCAAGUCUUGUUAAAGUCUCUAGCUAGUAACAGUAUGGCUCAAGACUUAAUCAUUGAUCGUCAAGAAAUUUUAACAAAUGAAGCAAUUUUACCAAGUCAAGGAAAUUUAGAAGAUUAUAAACAAGAAGUUAUCAAUCGUCUAAUUGAAAUAGAAAGUGAACGAGAAAAUUUAAGAGAUAUCAAUGUUUUACAUACACGAUGUAUGAAAAUAAUUGAAGCAAUGGAUAAACUUGGUUUGAUUUCAUAA